AUGGAACAGCUGUGGAUGGAUUCCUGGAGGGACAUAUUUUAUAAUGUGAUAGAGCAGGUGAAGCCAGAGCACAAGUGGGCCCUGAAGAUGGACCAGAAUCUUGCUCCCAGUGCCCUGCCUCGGGGCUGGAAGCAAGUGGUGGAGGAGCAUGCAUUUGCCAGCUUCCGGUGCUCUCAGUGCCAGCACUCGUGGGUCUCAGCCCAGGCCGUUGUCCUCUUCCACAUGUACCUGGACUGGGCCAGGGGAUGUGGCUGGGUGAAGAUGAGGACCUUCAGGCAGCAGUGCCACAAGUGCUUGGCUUGUGCGUGGGCAGAACCGAUCUUCAGCAAGGCAAGUGCCAGGCAGGUCUCACUGGACUUGGUCACCAGCAUCCGGCAGAAAUGCUAUGGAGAGCAUGUUGCUCAGCCCCAGCUACAGAAGGUUGUGAUCGAAAAGCUGAUCUAUUUCUACUCUGGACUCUUCUGA